AUGUCGGAGCCCUUUCCGCUGCUCAACAGCCCCGCGGAGCAGCUGCACAGCCUCGAGGUCGAGGGCACGAGACGGCGUCGAAAAUCCAGCGGUCUGGGCAGCGAGAUUCGCGCGGGCGACACUGGCGCCCCGGCAUUUGCCUCGAGCAAGGCCAGCCUCGACCACCACCAUGGUCACCACGACUCGAAAAAUGGCGGCGAGUCGUCGUCGUCGGCGGCAUCUCCCAACGGCAGCAGCGCCGGCGGCAGCAGCAAGCGUCUCUCCAAACGCCGCCGUGCACGCGGCCUGCUCUCGCGCGUGCGGCAGACGUGCGUGAGGCACACGUGGGUGCUGCCCCUGGCCAUCCUCUGCCUCUUCCUCUCGGGCUACGCCGUCAACCCGAGCGAAUCCAACCCGCUGCACCGCUUCAUCUUCCUCUCGUACCGGCUGCCGCAGAGCCAGGGCGACGCCUCGCAGCCCGUCCACUACGGCAAGGGCCCCUGGGACGUGGCCUUUGUGGCCUUCUACACCGUCGUGCUCUCCUUCACGCGCGAGUUCAUCAUGCAGGAGAUGCUGCGGCCGUGGGCGCGCGCCGCCGGCCUCAGGCGCAACAAGCAGGCGCGCUUCAUGGAGCAGGCCUACACCGCCGUCUACUUCCUCUUCCUCGGCCCGGCCGGCGUCUUCGUCAUGUCGCGCACCCCCGUCUGGUACUUCAACACCCGCGGCAUGUACGAGGCCUUCCCGCACCGCUCCCACGAGGCCCCCGUCAAGUUCUACUACCUCUUCCAGGCCGCCUACUGGGCCCAGCAGGCCAUCGUCCUGCUCCUCGGCAUGGAGAAGCCGCGCAAGGACUUCAAGGAGCUCGUCGGCCACCACGUCGUCAGCCUCGCCCUCAUCGCCCUCAGCUACCGCUUCCACUUCACCUAUAUGGGCAUCGCCGUCUACACCACCCACGACAUCAGCGACUUCUUCCUCGCCACCUCCAAGGUCCUCAACUACCUCGACCACCCCCUCGUCGGGCCCUACUUCUUCGUCUUCGUCUGCGUCUGGAUCUACCUCCGCCACGUCGUCAACCUGCGCAUCCUGUGGUCCCUCUUCACCGAGUUCCGCACCGUCGGCCCCUUUGAGCUCGACUGGGCCACCGAGCAGUACAAGUGCUGGAUCUCCCAGUACAUCACCACCGCCCUGCUCGCCUCCCUGCAGGCCCUCAACCUCUUCUGGCUCUUCUACAUUAUCCGCAUCGCCUACCGCUUCGUCCGGGACAGCACCGCCGACGACGACCGCUCCGAGGACGAGGACGACGCAGACGCCGUCGCCGACGAGCCCGCCAAGCCCGUUCCCACCUUGGAAAUCAAUGGAAAGGCUGUCAACGGCAACUCACAUUAA